AUGUGUCGUCGCGAGUCGAGCCUCCGCUGGGCCGCCUCCUGCCUGCCCCUCCUCCUCCUCCUCCUACCGGCUCUGGGUUCGACCCCGGGUGCCGCUGACAACGCGGCCCCAGGCCGAGGCAGGGAUCUGAGCGAAUUCCGAGGACCCCGUGUCGGCCCGGGACCCCCGAGACCGCCCAUCUCUGCCCGCGCGGCUCAGCCCGACUCGGAGCCAGCCCACGAGACGUCGGGCCCGCGUCGACGGCUCGAGGACUCCGCCGAGCUGCCCGGUUGGGGAGCCGAGGCGGGUGCAGGGCCCGGCGAGGAGGCGUCACGGCGGGGCGAGCGAGCGGCGGGGGAGCGAGGCGGGGUGGCGUUCGUCGGCGGCCCCGCCGUGGCCGACGCCCUGCGCAGGUUCCAGGCGGCGCACGGCCUCGAGGCCACGGGCCUCCUGGAUCCCGGGACCAGGGAGGCCAUGAGCCAGCCACGCGCCAGGCACUGGAAGCGGGCCCUCCCGUCACGUCCCAAACGCCGCCUCCCUCGUCGCCUCCACGAGUUCGAGACGAGGCGACGUCGCGACCUCCGCGGCCCGGCCGACGGCCCCGGGGGGCUCGCGGCCACCUCCAGGGCCUCUCCCGCGGAGGAGUGGGGGGGGGAGGAGGAGGAGGAGGAGGGUGGCCAGGCGGUGGCGGCCUUCGCGGCCCGCGUGUUGCGCUGGAGGCUCCUGAGCGAGGGCUUGAGCACGAGGCUGAGCAUCGUAGAGCAGAGGGCCGCGGUGCGCCUCGCGUUCCGCAUGUGGAGCGAGGUGGCUCCGCUGGUCUUCAAGGAGGACCUCACGUCCCCGGCCGGAGACGUGGACAUCCGCUUGGGGUUUGGCACGGGUGAGGGCUCCUCGCCCAUGAGUGACUACCCCCUUGCUCGCGACUACCCCCUUGCUCGCGACUACCCCCUUGCUCGCCGCCACCUGGGCUGCCCGCGCGCCUUCGACGGCUGGGGCCGCGAGGUGGCCCACGCCUGGACUCUGGGGGACAUCCACUUUGACGACGACGAGGACUUCAGGGGUCUGGGGGAAGCCCGGGGCAUCAGCCUGCUCAAGGUGGCCGUGCACGAGAUCGGCCACGUGCUGGGGCUGCGCCACGCGCUGCUGCGGGGCUCCGUGAUGCUGCCGGAGUAUCCCGGGGGAGGGGGCGGCGACGAGGGGGCCGGGGGGGCCGAGACGGGGGUCUGCGAGCUGCACCCCGAGGACAGACGCGCCGUUCAGGACCUGUACGGCGUGUGCGAGGGGCGCUUUGACGUGGUACUGGACUGGGUUCGCCGGCCGCCCGACAACCCCACGGGCCCCCCGCGCUACAACACCUUCUUCCUGCGCUCCGCCUGGUACUGGCUCUACGAGAACCACAGCCAGCGCACCCGCUACGGAGACCCGCGGCCCAUCGCAGCCGGCUGGCGGGGGCUACCCCCGGGCGGUGUGGACGCCUUCGUGCACGCGUGGACCUGGAGCCAGGACUGCGCCUACUUCUUCAGAGGGUCCUACUACUGGCGAUACGACAGCGAGCGAGACCAAGCCUUCGUGCGAGACCCCCAAGGGGUCGCCUACCCCCGGCUCAUCUCAGAGGGCUUCCCGGGGGUCCCGUAUCCCCUCGACACGGCCUACUUCGACCGCAGGGACCAGAACAUUUACUUUUUCAAAGGGAGUGGAGUGAGUUUCUUCAAAUCUCCCCCACACACCAACCCCCUGCACUCCCCGCAGUGCCGGAUGAUCCUAACAUGA